AUGCCUGACUACUUCUCCAAAUUCGCCAGCAUCUACGUUCGCCAGACGGGUCAGUCCACGCUCAAUAUUCUUGCCGACGUCAUCGUCGAUAACGUCCAGACGUCCGCCCGCCCCAUCGGCCCGGAAUCGGUGGUGCACGACACGGCCGCGGGCCCGGGUAUAGGCGCCGCGGCGCUCGUCGCCCGUCUCCCCAAGGAACAGCUGCCCAAGGAGGUGCUGGCCUCGGAUAAUGUCCCCAUGAUGGUGUCGGCUGCGGGCGAGUCCCUCGCCGCCUCUCCGCUUCCGCAUGUCGAUUGCAAGGAACUUGACUCCCAGGACCUGUCGUCGUUGCCUGACGAUUACUUCACCCACUCAAUCAACAACUUCAGCAUCUUCACGUUUGUACGCCCAGCGGCCGCCGUCCGGGAGUCGUAUCGCACCCUGCGACCCGGCGGCCUGGCCGUCGUCACCUGUUGGCGCCGCUUCGCGCCCGUGUUCGUCGUGCACGCCGCGCAAAAGAGGAUCCGCCCGGACCUGCCGCUUAUGCCUAUGCCGAGCCCGGAGUUCUGCGAGGAGGGCGUGCUGCAGAGAGUGGUCGAGGAGGGCGGCUUCGCCAAGGACGGCAUAACAGUGACCGACAAAGUCCUGGUCGUUGACGACGAGGAGAACAUAGCUGGCCUUACUACGCUCAUGUCGGGUCCCAUGAUGGCCAAGGCACGCGAGGGGUACACGGAGGAAGAGGAGGCCCGGUGGGUCGAGUCUGUCAAGGAGUCUGUGAAGGAGGAGGUACAGCAAUUUGGCGGUAUCAGGUUCGAAGCCUACAUCCUCUUGGCAACUAAAUAG